CCAUUUCACCCAGUAUAACAAAAUGUAUUUCUGAACAACAUUACAGACCCUAACUUUAAUGAAUGAGUAAAAAUAAAUAAUCAGUACUAUGAUAUUCUCGGUUAUACUUACAUAUACAUGCAGGGUUACACUGAAUUCUGGGAACAUGUGAUGCCUUUUUCUGACAUGUUAUAGAUCAAAAAAUACUUUUCAGAUGUACUGAUAAUGUAAGCAGUCACUAGUUGAAGCCCUUGCGGGCUCAUUAGAACACUAUAUUUGAAGUUAGCUGUAAUUACGUGCCUCUUUGUUUCCUCACACAUAUUUUCAGCAGACAAACUCUGUGGUUUUGGGUCAGCACCCAGAGCUUAUUACAAAAAAGGCCCCCCCCCCCCCGCCCCCGUGUACCCCCAAAAAGCGCCGCACAGAAUAAUGAGCAGUAAACAAGGGGAGGAGAGGAGAGGAGGGAGAAGAGGGGGGUGUUCAACUUGAACUGAGGGGGUGACAAAAGAGGGGGGUGUCUCCACAGCGACCGAGUCGAGCUGUUUGGGUCACAUGGCCUGGGUUUCUAUUGAAUCCCAGUGAGAAGAGGCUUGAAGCUCAGCCUUUAGUGCAUGUUAUGGAAGCCCAUGGCAGCAACAUGAGUGGAGCCCAGCAGGACCGAGCAAUGACAGCGGACAGCCUCCACCCGAACGGGACGGCAGCGUUGGGUCUAUAUGACCAGGAGAUGAACUCAGCUCAGUUGGAAUUCAAAGUGUUUAACAUUGUUAUCAUCGUCCUGGCCUUCUGUAUUCUCACCAUCACUGGCCUGUACUGCAUCAUUGUCUGCUACAACCGCAGCAGGCAGUCAAAGAGAGCCCAUGUGUAUGAGAGUGCAGUGACCCAAGGCGAGUCACUGGACCCUGUGGCGGUCAGAGCGGUGAAGAGGUCGACCAGCUUCAUCAACCCUCUGGCCUUCUUCAGGAAACCGGAGGCAGCAAAGGACAACUCCAGGAUCUAUUACAUCUACAGUAACCCUCUGCCUGUGGGUCUGAAAGAGGAAGAGGAGGAGUGGAGGACCAAAGCCCUGCAGGGACCAGAGAAGCAAACUGCACCGUCGCUGCCACUGUCGUUUCAGGAGUACGCCAGUGACCCUACAAGUGGCGUCGUCCUGGACCCUCCCAUCUUUUACAUGCAGCUCUGAAGCCGGGGAGGAAGGGAGAAGUUGUCUGAAUGCCACAAGAGCCUGAUGAUUCUGAAAGGUCUGAGGUUUGACACAUGCUGCUGUGUCUAUCAAAAGUUAUGUCACCAUGUACCAUGUAGGGGCUUUGUUGAACCUCCACAAGUUAUGCUGUCUAAAGGUAGUUACUUACUUAUUUACUUAACACUCACAAUCAGUGUAAUCAGUCUGUCGGAGGAAGUAGAUCAUCAGAGCGAUCGCAGUUUUCAGGAAUUCAACAUGCAAACAGGCAGGUCCAUUGUUAACUGAGUUACUCACGUGUGGGUGGUAUUAAUCAGAGGUUCCAUAAAGACAAACAUGCUGUCAGUCAUUCCACUGACUGACACAAAGAUGCAUGGAUAAGAACAGAGGUUCACUGUGUUUCUCUGGCACUAUAAAUCAAGUCAAUCUAAAAGGGCGUGCAGAUUAAUUACAGGCUGUGAUGUCUUCUCACAUCGUGCUGAGUCAUGGAAGUAUGAGGAAAUGUGUCAAAGAUAUCAAAGGUGUUGGCCAGUGAUGCUGACAAAAUGGAAAUAUGACGGAAACAAAAACAGUCAGAAGAAGAGCAACUUUAUUAGUUACAAAUGAGGAAAUGUUUUUCUUGGCUCAUAUUAUGGACUAAAAGCUUUACUUCAGUGAAACUGAAUGUGAUAACAGAAUGAAAAGAAGAAGAACAGCAACGUAAAUAGUUCAUGAAGCGAAAACAUUUCUCUGCCAGGGUGACCGCAAGCACGCCACACUUACUGUAAGUCUGUGAAGUCCUUCCUUUAACAUUGUGAAGGAGAAACAAUGUUUGAUUUAGCAGAACAGAUCGUCAAACACUGAUGCUUUUGGAUGGCGGUCAGUUCGACCUACCAACCACAAGCUUUGAUAUUUGAGGAGAUGGGACGGUGACUCUACAAACUCAACUAUCUUACCAAUUCAAACCUCUAAAAGGAUAUCUGCAGAACUUCUGUGUUGUGAUAGAAGCCAGUUGUCUAUGUUAGCUGUCUCCAUUUCUAAACUAGUGCAAAAUCUGACCCGAGUUCAGAAAGAAAUCUACAGCGCAGAAGCAUUAAACUACUUUAAGAGAUCAUCCACAGGCUUGUUGAGGCAACCGAGAGAGACAGGGGGAAGGUAUCAUUUCGUCAUUCUACAUAGAGCCCCUUUAUAGGGGCAGUUCAAUUCAGUUUAGUUAGAAUCAGCCUGUAGAAGCUGGUUUUUACCAUCCUCUGAAAAAGUUAACCAGAUGAUGUCACAAGGUUUAUCUCAGCAAAGGCUUGAAGAAUACAAAUGUAGAGCAGAAAGCCUACAUUAACGACCGGUGUGAUAAGUUUGAAAGAGGUGCACAUUUUGAAGGAGAUAGGCUAUCAAGUUGCAUUUUAUGAAAUGUUAGAUUUAGUUCUUCAGAGGUUGAAAAUCAGAUAUUUUGUUCAAUGCUAUUUCAAUCUUGACCAGUAUUUGUGUUAAUCUGUCUCUUGUGAGUCCCUGUUGUAGCUUAAAACCCUAACAUACAACUCUUCAAGCUUAGUUUUUUAAGCAGAUUUUUUUGACUUGCUGCCUAAUUUGUUAUCAGAGAGAACAACAAAGUAUCUUAUAUUGGACCAUUCAGAUUCAUUAGAUUCUACUUUAUUAAAGUGCCUAAGUAACAGUUUCAGCCAAAAGAAAGCAUAUGUCUCUGUCCCUAAAUCACAAAUACAGGACUAUAAGGUACCUUUUGGGGCUCUUGGUCGUUAGCAGGGCUAUGGAGCAUUUUUUUCACACUAACAUGAUCCAUGGUGCUGCAAUGUUUGACAGACGGCGGAGUAACAUGCUUUUUAGCACAGCGACAUGCCAGCAAAAGCAGGCACAAAGAUGAAUUCAAGCUACCAAACGUGGACAUAAACAAUACAGUAUAUGUUUCUAAAUGGCUUUGCUAAUGUGCUAUAAGACACAAAAUGCAUUAAACAUGUGUUUGAGACCUUAAAGACACCCAUAAUGCAUUUUAGUAAGGAACACUAAAUAUAAACAGUGAUUUUUAUUAAGAUAGAGUUUAAAUACUGUACAUACUUGAUUUAUUUUUCCCACAC